CCUUCAUGUUCGCUUGCCCAAGCUAUGUUGUGUGGAUUGAGAAGCCUCAAAAGAGUCGACAAGUCAUGGUCACCGAAGGCAUCGAAGAAGAAGAAGGCCGACAAGAACCCGUACUCGACGCGAGGCCUCGACAAGUUCGCCGCCGUGCUUGCUGACCUCGAGGACCGAAGGGCCAAGAUCAUGGCGAACGCUGGACCGCAGGGUGCGUCGACGUCGGUCUGGUUCAUGUAUUCGGAGUCCAGUGAGUGUGUGCCGAUCUUGUUAAGACACAACGAUAAUGUAAGCCGGCAGCCGAUGCCGCCGGCGGUGGCUCACGCCGCCGAUGAAGACCUCAAGGAAGUCAUACCGCUCGUGGGUUCUAAGGAUGAGAAGGAAGUCAUCAAGGAGAUGGUUGCAGUAUCGAAGAGGGAGGUGAAGAAACGAUGGUCAUGGAGGGACUGGAGGCCAAGCUACUAUUGGCCUCUGGUGAUGGUGAUGGUGCUGAUACUGUUCUGCUUGUUGAUGUUUGGAAGAGUGUUUGCCAUAUGCUGCACCUCGAUAUGGUGGUACGUGGUGCCCACAAUGCAAGGAGAAGGUAAGGCUCAGAGGAGAAGGGUGAAGAGGAAGAAGGAUGACAGGCGGAUGAGUGAUAAGAGUUUGGUGGUGGCACUUUCCUCCUACCAGGACAAGAAGGUGGAGAGGACAUGCAAGUGAUCUGGAAGACCUUCAUUGAUUCUUGUUCGUAAAUAUUUUUUCCCCGUUUUUCGAUCAUUAUGUGAUUACUGAUGUAAAUUAUCUUUCUGGAUGAUGGGUUUGAUCGGGAAGAAAUAUCCAAGCUCAUCAUCCUCGGAGUUGGUUUUUGGGAUUGAGAUCUCAAUAAUGAUGUUCUUAGUUUGUGAUCUUGAGCCGUAAGCAAGGUUAGAAACUGGUUGUUGGCUACAGCCACAGAGGGGAAAAGGCUUCGCGGUUUCCAGGGGUUAAGACUUUCUCUGGUCAACGAACAGGCGCUAUAUUGUAUAUAUGAGGAGAUAACAAGGUAUCACCUAACGAUGAUCUCACGUUGA